AUGUCUGCACCACUUCACCCUCGUGCGACAGAGCUGAUGAGCUCAACCCCUCGAAAGUUACCACUCCAGAGACCGGAACCUACUGCCAUACAGCCACCACAAGACUCCAAUACAACGUCACUAUCAAAUAUUGGAGACGUGAAGAACGCCUCUAAGAAGAAGAGGAACAAUCACCGGGGUGGAAAGAAAAAGAGACCAAGAAGACAAUCUUUUGCUGCAUCAACCGAGGAUGGAGAUGGUAUGGCGGAAACGCCGACCGCCCAGCGAGUUGCUCCACCGCAAAGUGCUGCGAGGUCGAGUUUUUAUAGUAGAAGAAAUCUAAGUACGACUAGUAUUGAGAGCGAGGAACUUCUAGAUCACAGAGAUCAUCAAAGUAUGCGACCUCGAAGACCUUCGACAAUGGGGCAAAAUGCUUUCGGUCAGACGUACGAUAGUCCUUCUUUCAGUCGACCUUCGUAUAGCAAUCCAUUUAAGUCAUCGGACAACGUCGCUCGAAGACCUGUAACCGGCAAAUCGAAGAGCAAUUCUGAUGAUGAAGCUAUAGUGGAGGAAACCGACGAGCGAACCCCACUUAUACCUAGCUCUUCGAAAUCGAAAAGCUCUAAUACUCUCCUCCAGCAAGGAAAACACAGUCGACGAAGCUCGAGCAAGUCAUCUAGUCACAGUAAAAGGAAAACGAUUUUCGAAAAGACUACCUCUGGGUUGGCCAGACAGAAUGACGAAUACAAUGUCAACUAUCCGCCCUCGGUUCCGGGGUCUCCAACACUCGGUGCCACAAAUCGGGACAUGGGCUUUGGAGAUGUGAUGGUUCGCGAUCACUCACCGGAUCGAGAUUCUAUGCGUGUUGGAUCGAUGAGAUCUUUCAGGUCUCUCCCAGAGGAGGCAUGUGAGGACAAUUCAGUUCCUGGUUCUCCACGCAAAGGCUCAAUGUUCGGAGAACGUAGACACACUAUAGCAUUGCAAGCCGAGGAAGAUGUAUGCUUUCCAGUCGACAUGUCUGAAAUGGCAGAAGAAGAUGCUCCUCAACGAAACGAUGGAGCGUAUAGGCAGAAUGAUGGGCCGCGCCGCCACAAACGGAAAUUUCCCGACCUAUCUUUCCUUGAUGAUUGGAGCAGAUUUGAGAAAGAAGGUAGAAGUGAAGAACGCAGGGCUAAGAAGAUUACAGAACCUCAAUUGAUUGGCGGGCGACUUCGACCUAUCCACAAAGGUUGGCAUCGAGCAGAAGAUGACGCACCAUAUCGAUUUACCUAUUUCAAUGAGGAAUUUCCAAGCACCAUUCACAGUCAAACAAUUUCAGAGCUCAUUCAACCUGGUGGAAGUUUCAAAGAAUUAUUUGUUCCCGAUCGUCCUGUACUUGAUGAUAGUUCUGAUUCUGAAACCGAAGAUGAGGCCGAUGAUGUGGAUGCUCGCCGUGAAACUGCGUAUCUACAUCAUGCCAUGGGACAAAAUAAUGGAGAUUCUAGAUCAGAAACUCGUCAGUCAUCCAUAAUUGACAUGGUAAAUCAAGAAUCAAAACGUUCGGAGCCUGGACGUAUGGGGCGCACUUCUGGGUCGCUUUCUAGGGAAGCCUCCAAUGAAGCAUCCCCGAAUAAAUCACCGCUACCAAAGACUCCUCCACCGAAUGACGAGAAACCAAAAAGAUACGGUGAUCGCCCUACAUGGUGGCUUGAUGUCCUAUCCCCAACGGAUGCGGAGAUGAAGAUCCUUUCAAAAGCCUUUGGAAUACAUCCCUUGACAGCUGAGGAUAUCCUCAUGCAGGAAGCUCGCGAGAAGGUAGAACUAUUCCGACAUUACUACUUUGUCAAUUAUCGAUCAUUCGAGCAGGAUAUGAACAACGAGAAUUUCUUAGAACCCGUCAAUAUGUAUGUGGUGGUCUUCCGUGAAGGGGUUAUCAGUUUUCACUUCUCUCAAACGCCCCAUCCAGCCAAUGUUCGACGAAGAAUUCGACAAUUGAAAGAUUACUUGAUUCUCACAGCUGAUUGGAUAUCAUAUGCUAUUAUUGAUGAUAUCACUGAUGUUUUCGCACCUUUGAUUCAGACUAUCGAAGAUGAAGUAGAUGACAUUGAUGAUGCUAUCUUGAAACUACACUCUCCCGCGGAGAAUGAGAAGUCUAACCGGGACAACGAAAAGAAAUCCGAAGCUGGGGAUGGUACUUCGGGAGAAAGUGGAGGAGAUAUGCUUCGAAGAGUUGGUGACUGCCGAAAGAAAGUUAUGGGUCUUUACAGAUUGUUAGGUAACAAAGCAGAUGUCAUCAAGGGUUUUGCCAAAAGAUGCAAUGAGCAAUGGGAGAUUGCACCACGAAGUGAAAUUGGAUUGUAUUUGGGUGAUAUUCAGGAUCAUAUCGUAACUAUGACUGGAAACUUGUCCCAUUACGAAAAAAUCCUAGCUCGCUCUCACGGCAAUUACCUUGCUCAAAUCAACAUUCGCAUGAAUGAACGUCAAGAACAAACCGCAGACGUCCUUGGUAAACUUACGGUCCUGGGAACAAUUGUCUUGCCCAUGAACAUUAUUACCGGUCUUUGGGGUAUGAACGUUUGGGUACCAGGUCAGGAAUCUGAGGGAAGUUUGACGUGGUUUUGGUCCAUCACAGCUGGAUUAUUGGCUUUUGGAAUGGCUUGCUUCUAUAUUGCAAAGACUGCCUAUAAGAUCGUGUAG